AUGUUGUGUUUUUGCUUGCCACAGACAAUCCUCAAUUCAAUGCACAAAUACCAACCCCGGUUCUACUUGAUUAAGGCGAAGGAUGUGAUUCGGCUUCCCUACUCCUCUUUUCACUCCUUCUCAUUUCCUGAAACCGUCUUUAUUGCCGUCACUGCCUACCAAAACGAGAUGGUAAUCAUUGCCUCAUACUACUUAUCUCAUCAAGGCAUUACAAAUUUGGAUCCCACACAACGACGACUUCCCAGCGUUAACCACUCACUCUCGUUGGCUUUUAGACGGCAGAUUGGAAAGGCGCGUCUGCAUACUCCACCGUGUGGCUUCUAUCGCAACACCGCCGACAAGGUGGAGAGCAUUACACGUAGCACUAACAGCUGCUGUUCAGACUCCGAGAUGGACGAAUUGGGCAGAUCAUGCAAGGCGGAUGUCAGGUCACCCAGCACCAAUGUCCUGACUACACCGCCUUUGCGAUAUGGUAAGGUUGAUAAGUCGUGGCGAAAACGUGCCAAAUGUUGGAAGAAGCGAUGGGCACAAUGGAAAGUCUUGGUGCAGGUUCUUUUCUUCCAUCUAGGCUUCCGCGAGUCUCAAAACAAUGCAUACCUUCAAUCACCAAAGUGUGCUUUGCCGAAUCCCUCCUAUGGAAAGAAAAGGGCGCGUUUUGAAAACGCGAGCGUUGCCUCACUGUCUCCACCACCACCACUACCAUCACUACCACAAUGGACAACAUCAAGUAGCUCUGUUCACGGAAUAGUUAAUCUCUUCAGAAGCAUUUGUCCAUGGCUUGACAACCCCUACAAUAUGGCGUACAUUCCCAUUCCUCCGCCCCAUAUUGUCAUUUCUUCACUCUCUAGAGAGGUGCCAUCGUCAGAAGGAGGAAAGGAAGAUAGCGAUCAGGAAGAAGUGCUAAUAGAGCGGACAUCACCAAUUAGUCCGCAUUCGAUGACCGAAAAGCCG